AUGAGCAACCGCGUGGUCCUGGAGCGGUCUAUGCGGCGCGCGCUGUGGCUGUCGCGCGCGCUGGGCGCCGCGCCGCUGCACCUCGGGGACCGCAUGCGGCCCUCGCGCGCCUUCGCCUGCUACGGGAAACUCUUCUUUGCGGCUGUCAGUGUCCCGUUCGCCUACGAGGUGUACUCGUUGGCGUGUACGCUGUCGCAAGCUGGCACGCCGUCGCCGGCGAUGUACCGGCAGAGCGGGCGGCUGGCGCUCAUGCUGCUCGAACUGCUGGCGCUGGGGGCGGCCGCGCUGCGGGGCCAAGAUCGCGCGCGGUUGAAUAAAAUAGAAAUGGAAACUUGUUUAUUGGAUCGGACGCUGCAGCUGAUCGUGCCGGCCAUCGUGCUGCUGGUCGGGCUGAUAGCCACGUCGCACUUCUAUUUCCUGCACUGGACGCUUUCUAUCUCCCUGCUGGCGUUCUUGUUCCGCACGGCCAGCUGCCUGCUGAUGAUGCAGUUCGUGUUGCUGGCGCUGCUCAUCAACUGCGCGCUUCGUGACGUCAACAAGCGGCUGGAGUUGCUAGCCGUUUCAGCUACCGAAUCUGCGGCGAUCUCAUACAAGAGCCUCGCCAGGCCGCGCUACGUAGUGCCCAUCCAAUACAUCAACGUCAGCUUAGAUGCCAUCGGCUCGCUCAGCAAGAUCUCUAAUGAUGCAAAUUCGGGCAAAUGUAAGAGCGAAAGCGAGUGGUGCGGCGUUGCGCGCUCGUACGUGCGGUGUUGCCGCCUCGUGCACUCACUCAACGCCGAGGAGAGCUUCCGCCUCUUCCUGCACGUCACAAGUCUAGCCUACUACCUCGCCGUCUGCUUUUUACACCUCUUCGGCAAAUACAAUGUUGGGACAUCGCUUUGGAAGUGGCUGGUGAACUUAAUGGAACAGAGCGUGUCGACUCUCUUCAACCUCUCCAUGCUGCUGCUGCUCGUGGAGCCCGCUCAUAGAAUGGACACUGAGUUGCAGCGCACGCAGUGGCUGGUGAGCGCGGCGGGGCAAGUGGCGGGGCGGGGCGGCGCGCGGCUGGCGGCGCUGCUGCGGGCGCGCGCGCCGCGCUACGAGCCCGCCGCCGUGUGCACGCUCGCACGCCCGCUGCUCUCCACCCUCUUCUUAAUCGGCCAAUAG